AUGCGGCCCACCAGGUACUCAACCUCACGACAAAAAGCGUGCCAGCCAUGCGCGGUCGCCAAAGCCAAAUGCGACCGGAAAGCUGUGGCAUGUUCCCGGUGCCACCAGCGGGGCCUCUCAUGUCUCUAUCCACAGGCUCGGACGAUCCCUUCAUCCGCGCCGGGUGCUGCCGGGUUUCGUACAGAGGCUGAAGCCGAGGUCGAUACGAACCGCGCAGCAACUACGAUAUCCGCGACUGUGGAAACGAUCGCGGUAUUCUCGCCGUUUCGAAUGGUUACGCCAGACAAGACGAGCGCUUUCUCUCGUACGGGCGAUCUGUCGGCUACAGAAAUUGCUCAAUCAGAGGAGGAGGCUCCAGAGCCUGAUCUACUCGAUUUCUCGGACAUGAAUAUCAUCUGCAACAUCAAUGCUGAUGACAUUGCCAAUCGAUGGCUGAAUAACUUUGUCCCAAUGCCGGAGCAACAGGCAAAGAACUACACGCCAAGUGUAUCAGCUUUCAUUCAGAGGAUUCUAGAAUCCUACGUAAACUCUUCCGUCCGUGGCCGCAAGGUCCCCCCUUUUGUACAUUGGUCCCAGGUAACUCUGCCAUCGAGCCACCCAUUAUCAACUUGCUUUUCCGUCAUUCGAAGAUGCAACAAGCAUGAUAUAAUAGAAGCUGAGGUCGUAGCCAAUGAACUCAAGUUAGAGAUGGCAAGGCUUUUCCAGCAAUACGCAACACACGAUGACAUGACUCUCCUUGCAGCAUUUCAAGCACAUCUCAUCUACGCCAUGGUCAUCUUUUUCAAGUUUGGGAGAUCUUACUACCCGUUCUUACGCGAGGCCAUGAUGAACACCCAGGAGCUCGCGUGUGCGACGGCGAAGAAGGGACUCACGUGCGUUUCCAGAGAAGAUGAGACGCGUCCCAGGUGGGAGUGCUGGAUCGCAGCCGAGGUCAAACGGAGAACGCUGUUCACGAUGUGCCUCUUCGAUAGCGCUCUAUUAACACAUGACGGCCUCCCAACCCACCUUGCCACCGAGCUACGCGGUCUAUUAGCGCCAGCAUCCAAAGCCUUGUGGGAGGCUCGAACGAGGCAUGAUUGGAUGGGUGGAUAUGACUUCCAGCAGGCUGAAUGGCCAGAGAGUUGGCUGACCAUCGACGAAUUAUGGCCUAUGCCUGAAGAUUUCAGCGAGGAUGAAGUCACUCAUAGGCGUAUGAGAGUCAAUGCAUGGCUGGAGGACCUAGACGAGUUUGGUGUAAUGAUAUAUGCUGUGACCAGCUGUACACACGGUACCUGA